GAGGCGCAGUUUUAUUGUAGAGGUGUCCGGCAAAGAGAAGAGGUUUAAAUUAAACACUUUCAGCGGAAUAAUGCACCAACGGAGUGAUAAGUUUGCUGCAUAAUUAAUUCGUCGCAGGUUUCCUCUGCAGUAGCUGUUAGUGAGUUAAAAUUAGUUUAACGCAGUAAGUGAGGAGUCGCAGGUUGCACUUUCUGUCUCUGUUAUAAUUUAUGCUGGAUUAAGCUCGUCUGAACAGCCCCAACAUGUCAGACAUGUCUUCGAGCUGCCGGGCUGCAGCGAGCACCCGAAGACCACCGUGCAGCGGCUAAUGAUGGGUCGUUAUGGCGAAGCAGGACUGUGUCAGAUGUUCCCCUCGGCUCUGCUUCUUUUCAGCCUUCACUUCCUGUGUGAGUCUCCCUCCUCCGCUGCUCUGCAAAGCCCGUUUUGACACGUAGCUGUAAGGACCGCCCGGGCAGCUCUGAGUUCAGUCAUGUCCAGGUCCAGUCGGAGAUACAAGCCGCUCCAGCAGGGUGGCAGUGGCUCUCUACCCGGCUGUGACCGGGUGCGGAUGCCCCGGGCCCGUGUGCUGCUGUUCUGUCUUCUCGGUGUUCUGGUGCUGGCGGUGGUCCUGGGUGUGUACCUGUCCAACGACACCGCCACUGGACAUGUGAACCGCAUGCCAGCCGUAGAUCUGACCAGAGACAGGCUGUUCCACAAACCCAGUAAAUCCUCUCCAGCUCAAAUCCGCCGUCUGGCCUCUCAGGUGGACGGCACUCGCCUGUGGGAGACUCACCUGCGACCUAUCCUGAUAGAGCGACUCCCAGGCACCCAGGGCAGCCUGGCUGUACAGCAGCACAUCAUCUCCACACUAUCCUCGCUCUCUGCCGGCUGGUCCAUAGACCUGGACUCCUUCCAGUCCCCUACCCCUCGCGGCCAGGUCACCUUCACCAACAUUGUUGCUACUCUGGACCCUUCGGCCCCUCGGCGGCUGCUCCUGGCCUGCCACUAUGACUCAAAGGUUCUGCCUCCAGACCCGCGGGCCCCAGAGAAGGUGUUCUUGGGGGCCAGUGAUUCUGCAGUUCCCUGUGCUAUGAUCCUGGAGCUCGCUAGCUCUCUGGAUGCCCAGCUUAAAUCAUUCAAACAGCAGAAACUUCCAGUAACUUUUCAGCUCGUGUUUUUCGACGGCGAGGAGUCAUUUGAAGAAUGGACCGCCACCGACUCGCUGUACGGCUCUCGUCACCUGGCCGAGCGCAUGGCCAACACACCCCACCCCGCGGCCCCCUCGCACGCCAGCAUGCUGCAGGCAGUGGACCUCUUUGUGUUGCUCGACCUGCUCGGUGGUCCCGAUCCACUGAUUGCAAAUCACUUUGAUAACACUGCACGCUGGUUUGAUCGCCUAAUUGCUGCAGAGAAGAGGCUCCAUCGACAGGGCCUUCUGACGUCUCACCCCUCGGAGCAGACGUAUUUUAGGAAGGAUGUGUACCUCGGACCCGUGCAGGAUGACCAUAUCCCCUUCCUUCACAAAGGCGUCCCUGUGCUGCACGUCAUCGCCACUCCCUUCCCGCAGUUCUGGCACACACUGGACGACACGGAGGAGAACAUGCACCGUCCAACUGUGGAGAACCUGACGAAGAUCAUGGCUGUGUUUGUGGCGGAGUACCUGGGUUUCUGAACGUUGAACAAACAGCGACGUUCUGAGCAGGACUGACGCUAAACGACCAGGUGAGGAGGACAAGAGCCUGGCGAAAUGAAGUGAACUGGAAUCUGAACUUUACCAAAGACUCUUAUCUGCUGGGCUGUCCUUGGAUUCAUGUGAUGAAUGAAUUGGAGGCAGUUGUCAAAAAGUGUGAAGUGGUCUCACAUCGUCUUAGUUAAAACUUUAUUAUACGUGCUGAGGAGCAUUGUACCUGAGAAGCAGCUGGGAAAUGUCUGUGAAUUCAAACACAUUCUAAAUUAAUGUUUUUGUUGUGUUCCUGUGAAAGAAAAAAAAGCAUUACUAGCCUUAUUGAUGAUUUACCUUGUUAAUAUAAGCUGGAGAUGCUCAUUUUUAGCUCCACAUUUUUAUUCUUGGACUCUGCUCGGGUAGCUUUGCAUGAAUAACAGAUCAGGUGCAGCGUGAAACAAGCCUCUCUUUUCAAGCUGACCUUUUUCUGAUUGGCUGCCUCUUGUAAAUAUUAGAGCAGUCUGAAGCCUGCGUUCUGUCUGCAAACACUGAGCUCAAUAUUUGAAGCGUUGGUAAUAUAAUAUGGUAGAAAACCAGGAAAAGCACAAUGGGUCCCCUUUAAGAACGACCUGUGAUGAGCAGAGCUGCUGUGGACACUGGUCGUAGCUUAUCUGUGAAUACCUUCUCCUGACUUUACCUUCAUAAUCUGUGAGGAUCCUCUUUGCCUCUGCUGCUAUGAAGUGCCAGCAACAUGAAUAUCAUGAAGAUUUUAUGGUAAAAAGCCCAGCAAAUUCACACUGUGGUGAUAGUGAAGUGGU